UCGUAGAGGCAACGAGGGCGAUUCCGAUUGUUCAUUUUUUAGUAGAAAGAUCCCGGAAGGAAGUGUUUGAAAGUACAAGCCGGUAGGGAAGAAAGCAAAACCGGUCUCGAUCCUACUAGAGACAUCAAAGGAAGAGGCUAUGGAGAAGGAUGAAGAGGUCCUUCGAGUAAUCCGAGAAAGAAGGGCGACGGAGGGACAUCGGAUACCAGAUGAGGUAGCUGACACAAUGAAGAUAGGGAUAGACGGGUUCUUAACGGAAGAGGAAACCCGCCUGAUCAAAAGGACUUGCAAGGAGUUUCACCUGGCGUUUGCCUUUAGUGAUCACCAGAAGGGACGACUGGAUGCGAAGCUGAUCCCUCCGCUCAGAAUCCACACGGUAGAACAUGAGUGCUGGAAUGACAAGGGGUCGUCCUAUGAAUUUGGGAUAGCAGGGGAAGUGACAGACCUCCUCCGAGCAAAAAUGGACUCCUUCACUGCGGAGCCUAUGGCGUCGCGAUACGCAAACCGGUGGUUCGUCUUUCGAAAGCCUAACAAGACACUAAGGUGGAUUCAGGAUCUGCAAAAGUUGAAUGCGGUAACCAUCCGGGAUGCUGGCUCGCUACCUCAGGCUGACUUAUUAGCAGAAUCGCAUGCCGGUCGGAGCAUUUACUCCCUGAUAGAUCUGUACUCAGGUUACGACCAGCUUUCGUUGGAUGUUCGGGACAGGCCGUACACCACUAUGCACACCCCCGUAGGCCAGCUACAGAUGCAAGUGACCCCUAUGGGAUUCACAAACGCAGUGGCCGAAGCGCAACGCAGAAUGCUCGCCGUGGCCGGGGACAUGUUCCCAGAAAAGUGUGACCCCUAUAUCGACGACAAUCCGAUCAAAGGUGCGCAGGAGAAGGACGCAACAGAAGUCCAACCAGGAAUCCGAAAGUUUGUAUGGGACCAUCUACAAGACAUCAAGGACUUGCUCCGCCGGUUUCUAAUAUACAACAUCACGGCUAGUGAACCAAAGAGUAUUCUAGCAGUACCAGACGUAACCAUACCAGGAUUUCGUUGCGGUGCUUAUAGUAGGAAGCCAGAUCCGACGAAAACGGACAAGAUAUCGCAGUGGCCAACUCCCCUGCGCACUAUAACGGAGUUCGAUUACAAAAUCGAACGAAUUGCGGGAAUUAGGAACAAGGCCGAUGAGCUGAGCCGGGUCUGUAUCACUCCCGAAGGUGUGGAGGGUGCGGAGCCCAUAGACGCAUUCCUCGAAUACGAAGGAGGGACUCUCGUGGUGGAUAACGAAAUGAUGAGCGAGGAACGGAGAACUAUUGAUCCAGACUUUGGAGAAGGGGACACCUGCCGUAUUAGCAGAACUUACAGAAAGACCACUCACCACUCGAGGAUGCAGAGAAGAAAAGAACUCAUGGGGAGCGAUAGUGGGACCGAAAGAGGAACUAAUAGCAAUGGCGGUCGAGGGAGGCCGGAAAGCAGUGAUGAGCUUAAUGGAAUCUUGGGAAAGGAUGGGGGUCAGGAAGGGGAGGAGUUUUUCUAUGUCCAAUCAUACGAAGGGCUCUUUCGGGAGAUCGGGUUGUUGCUGGUAGGCAGCAAACAACCUACGGAAGUCAGUAUUAAAGCGAGAGAAGAAGCCGAAAGGCCUACCGGAGGGGAGGAAGCAGGACCAAGCCAAGGGAGGAGGGCGGCGAAGAGAAAGUUGUACAUAGGACUCAUGGGUGAGCCAGUGGUAGGCAGGGGUGGAAGGAAAUGCUUGUGUAGGAAACCCUCACCCCUCCGCAAGGGAGAAGGUAUAGAAAUCUCGUCUGACAGUGAGGGAGGGAAGGAAAAGGCAGAAGUGGAAGAAGGAGGCAAUGCAGAUAUGGGAGAUAAGGUUCAGGUCUCUAACGAGGAAGGAGCCAACAGGGGCAAACGACGUGAGACUUGGCAUGGGGAAAGCGAGGGGGGACAAGACAUGCGCGACGAACAUGAGGAGGGUGAGGAGAGAAGGGAAAACCCGCUUGAAGGACGAAGCGGUCACGACAGUUGUGAAGGGUAUGGGACGGGGACAGAGAUUCAUUUUACCUACGAUCCGAAGAACCUUGCAGGUGGGUAUAGCCCCAUACAGACAGAAGACGAGGAGGACGAGGAGGAGGAUGUACGAGAAGUCAUAGAAAUCAGCAGCGGGGAUGAGAGGGAUGAGAUCUCGAGGCCUAGGGAAGAAGGGCGGUCUCCGAUGCACCAGCUGAGCGAUGGGGCUUUCGGAUGGGAGAACGAGUUUCGGCCAACACCCGGUCAUUGGUUUCAGCAAUAGACCAAUGCGAUCAGACACGAAUGGAUUAUCAAGACCCGGGAACUCGCAAAGGCGGGGGUGGAAGCUACACCAUUGGACUUCUUCAAUGAAACUGAAUUACAGGA